AUGACGUCCACAAUUCAAUCACAAAGCAACAAUUCAAUAAAAGUGGGCGCGUCACCAAAGCUCAGCACACUUGCUAAGGAACGACCUGAUUUUGCAACGAACAGUUUGAAGGAGAAACUUUUUGGCGAUGUUGUAAUCGGCGCAUCUGUGACCUUGGCCAUCGCUCCAAUUCUCACCAUAAUAGACAAGGCAGUUGUCCAAAGUGCUUCUGGUACUCACACAUUGGCGAGAUCAACAUUGGAAUCAAUGCAAGGGAUGCUCACAAAUCCUAUUAAAACAGUCAAGAGCCCAGCUUUCUUGUUGGUCUGGGGAGUUUAUGCUGGAACUUACAGCACCGCCAACUGCCUGAAGACACUUGUCGAACAUCAGAGCUACAAAGAGGAAGCACGAAAUAGUGGCAAAAGUUCUACAGCCGAGUUGGGAAAAGUCGGCAUUUUUCUGGGGACAACAUGCGCCAACUCUGGAUUGGCAAUGCUGAAAGAUAGAACAUAUGCCCAGCUAUAUGGAUCAAAUCCAACGAAAUCUAUUAUUCCACGAUGGACAUACGCAAUGUGGAUUGCACGGGAUCUUUCUGUCAUUGGAUCAUCAUUUAUUCUUCCCGACAUCGUAUACCCAAAACUUGUCGAUGCCUAUGGAUUUGACGAGAAGACAGCAAAGAGUUUCUGUCAGAUUGCUCUCCCUGUUGGCGCACAAUUUGUCGCUAGUCCACUUCACUACAUUGGUUUAGAUUUGUACAACAGAAAUUUGGGCUCGUCCGUGUCCUGGAGAGAAUCUAUGAUUGAUAGAAGCAAGUCUCUGUAUCGAGGAAUCUUGCCAGUCACUAUUGCCCGCAUAGCAAGAAUUGCACCGGGAUAUGGAUUCGCUGGCGUCUUCAAUACUCAGCUACGAGAUGAUUGGAGAGAAUAUCUGCUAGAGAGAGAAGUCAAAAUGAUGAUGGAUGAUUCAACGAACUCAACCGCAUCCAGACUCGUGGCCCUCGUCCACAAUGAUCCGAAAAGGCUGUGA